UUAAAAAAUCCGCGACCCCCGUCCCAUUCCCCCAACUCCUCCUUUCCCUCCGCGUCGAAGGGAAAACAAGGGGAAGCGAAGAAAUGGGCUCGCUUCCCUCCCCCCCGCCUCCGGCCGCCGGCGGCGCCACCGCGGCCCCCGAGGAGGCCAGCCGGCCGGUCAUCGACCCCGUAAAAGACGUCAUGAAGAAGCAGGAGGAGCUACCUGUCUGCAAGGAGGGAGACAUGAUAAUGGAACAGCUUACAGAGCUGACGAGUAAAGGAUGUGGAUGUCUGCUUGUUGUUGAUGAUAAAUACCAUCUGAUUGGAACCUUUACAGAUGGUGACCUGCGACGCACACUCAAGGCCAAUGGUGCAGCCAUCUUCGAUCUCACGGUUGGUCAGAUGUGCAACAGAAACCCAAGAACAAUCAGCCCGCAUGCAAUGGCAGUGGAAGCAAUGCAGAAAAUGGAGUCACCCCCAUCUGCUGUACAAUUCUUGCCUGUCGUUGAUGAUCAGAAUAUUGUGAUCGGGAUUGUCACCUUGCAUGGACUGGUUUCAGCAGGCCUGUGAACUUUAUUCAGUUUAUUUUCAUGGAUUCUUUGUAAUGCAAUUCCAGAUAUCUGAAUCAUUCUAGGAUCUGGAUACCUAUGCAUUUCUGUCGGUUCAAGUCUUUAAGCCCCAAUAUGGUGAGCCAUGCAUAUGACAGUCCUGCCUUUUUCUUUCUUUUUUCUUUUUUUUUCCCCCCUUUUUUCGGAUUCGUUUUUUACCUGAGGUUUCUGGGGCAAAUUUUUUUUCCCCUUGGGAUCAAAUGUCCUGUGGAUCUGCUGCAUUAUUUGUAGUAAAGGUUGUUAGUUACUCUUUAUAGAUAACUUAAAUUAGUAAUGUACUUGUUUUCACUUAUGGAAACUUUCUAUAUUCAAUGAGAGGAAUAAAAAUAUUCCUACAGGUAUGUUGUGU